AAAACAUGUUUUACAUUGCGUUAUUGUGGUGUAUAGCAUUUGUUACAGUGACCAUUGGUUUAGCAGAUGGAUCAGUCUCAAAAUCAGGUCUGUCAUUCGAUCUAUGUAAUACAAAAACUUUGCGAUUGCUCAAUAUUGAUGACAGUGGCAUUAUAAAAUAUGAUAAUUCAUCAUCAUCAAGCGGUCAAUCCUCUGGUCUUGGAUGUGUUCUAAAAAUAGAAUCAUGCAGUUCUUGCCAGAUACAGCUAAAAAUAAGCACAGAUGACAACUUUACAUUCUUCUGUCAGACGGGCAUUGUUCAUUCCAAAUAUUGCUCAUUAGGAUGUGACUACCUCAGUAUAUUUGACAUGUACUAUAUGAAUGAGACACUUCGAUAUUACCGUGGGGUGGAUCAGAUACCAGAUGUUUUCCACUCGGAAUCUAGCAAUAUAUUUAUAAUGCUGUGUCACGGGGGAAUGAUGAAAAAUUACAACUUUCAAAUCAGUUUUAGCAUCACACAAAAAAUGAAAACAGUGCACGGAAGCUCGGAUACGUCCUCUGCCACUGGUUUGAUAAGUUCCCCAUUUUUUCCGACUGGCUACGCGCAGAAUCAUGAGGUGUACAAAUACGUGAUCUCCAGUACGGAUGCUGAUGAUUAUAUCAUAGUAACAUUCGAUGAUUGGCACCUGUCAGAAACUUCUUCAUUAUAUUUUGUCAAAAGCAACCAACCUGGCCAGUUUAAUGGUGGAUCAAACCGUCCCGUUGUCCUGUCUGACUCGAGCCUGCUCCAGUUUACCUUCAGUACUGGAGUGUCACUGACAGCUGGGGAGAACAGAGACUUUAUAGGGUUCAGAGCUGCCUAUAAGUUUUAUAAAGGUCGGCAAUUUAUUACAAAGCCAAAUACAAAUUGUAAAGGAUUGAGCUAUUUGAUGUCCAGUAAAGGUGGAAGGAUAAGUUUUUCACCAGCAUCCCCAACUAGAGAAUUGUACGACUGUUUAUGGGUGGUGAAAACUCAGGAAGAUUUUGAGGGCACCUACUUAAAGAUUAUCAGGCUAAGAAUAAAUGGUCAUGUAUUCCGUGGCGAGAAUCAGAUAGUUAUCAGAGAUGGAAUCUCAUCUGAUGGCGCAGUACGAGCUAAACACGACAUGUUGGAUAAUAUCAACAAUGGUAUUCCACAUUACAGUAAGACCGGCUUCUACAUCCGACUGAAUGCCUCCCUGUCAUCUAGUGAUAGUGUCAUACUUACCUAUGCUUCAUACAAGAUGUCUCCAGGUUGUGGUUCAGACUUAUUUGUGUGUGGUAAUGAUAAAUGUAUAGAUAAAAACCUGAUAUGUGAUGGGUACGAUCAUUGUGGCGAUAAUAGUGACGAAGUUGCCGGUUGUGCAGAUAAUACAGGCCAAUGGGACAAAAGCUAUCAGUAUACUAUAACAAUAGGGGUGAUAGUUCCCAUGGUGAUAUCUGUAUUCCUCAUCAUGGUUAUAUGUCUCCUGUUUGUGAUGAUACGAAGAUGUCGUAGAGCACGUCUCCGUGAAGCUCUGGACUCAAGCGAGAGAUUACAAACUGUCAGUGAGGACGUAACAGAACGGAGAAGGCGCAGACGACACAGGCGCAGACUUGGAUUGUUCGGAAGUUUUGAAAGAGACAGGCCACCCACGUAUGACGAGGCAAUGCAAAACCCACCAGGAUGGUACCUUAAUGUUGCAUUUGGCAAUCCUGUUGACCCAUCAUUGCCACAGCCACCUUCAUACCAUGAGGCAAUCAGUGCCGAUACAUCGGCACCUAAUACAAACCCUAGACAAACCCCUGGAAGCCCCACCUCUACUGACAGUAGCCAAUCAGAACUGACAGUCUGUUCAGGUCACCUAUCAGAUUCCUCUAGUUCUAGUGAUGAGGGCUCAACAUGGGGAACUUACAAUGGUGAUGGAGAUGGUAGGAGAGGGAGACUUGGUAGGCAUGUCUCAAGUUCUGAGUCUGAACCUGGUACUCUAGAUUCACGUCCCAGAUCUGCUGCGAGUCCUGUUCAGACAGAACCUAGAUCAGAUUCAGUAGCAACUUCGACAGAAAAUACUCAGAAUAGAGUAGCCCCUGUAGAAGAAUUGCAUACUGUUGAAAGCAUGCCAAAAGACAAUAAGGACAAUAUUCAAAUAGCAAGGAAAGAACAUGAAAAGAAAGUUAAUAAUGCUGCAGAUGAUUUUGUUGUGCCAGCAGGGCCCAAACCAGGCUGUAGUGAUCCCCAGAUUAAUGUUUGUAGGCCUAAAACAUAUGCUAUAGGUGCACCACAGGGGCUCGAGUCAUGUGCUCCUGUUGCUCCAAGUAAUCAUCAUAGAAAUAUAUCAUCCGGGUCAGAAGCUGCAAUAGAGACCGGAAAGAAACCAAAGAAGAAACCAAGGAAGUCUAAGUCAAAGAAAGCCAGUAAUCAACCAGUUCAUGCACCGGAAAUACUGGAAAAUGCCAUACCUGAUCUAAAUUUCAAUGAGUACCUGAUAAACCAAGGUCAUUCAAAUAUCCCAGAAAUUGCAAGUACAAACCAAGAAACAUCUGGUGCUGUACCACAAGCAUCAAACCUUCAUGACAACAGUAACUUUUUCUAUCCUACAUCAAAUUUGACAGAAAAUAGUGCAGAAAGUAGUCCUAAAGUGCAAGCAUCUACUGAUGCGGAUUUAGCCUAUCAGGUUGUAGUAAAUGUAGAUAAUGAUGAUGUUUUAGUAGUUUAUGAUUCAGCUGAUGAAAAAUUUGGACAAAAUAUGUCACCAGCCCAAGUUUCUAAGGCGGAUAAAUUUAAAACGAAUGGAAGAGUAGAUCUGACUUCUGAAAAUAGUUCCAUGGCAGCAAAUGCAAUGGAAAUGGAUCAAACGAACAAAAAACCAUGUACAAACACUAAUGAUAAUUUAGAUCUGAAAUAUAAUGAUAGAGAGCGAAACCAUUUUGCACCAGACGACACAUGUCAUGGUGCAUACGCCAGUUUAGGGCAAAAGCCGUCUGCUGUAAAUGAUGUUGACUGUGAUCAAACUGUUAUGUCAUUUAAACAAAGGGAAGAUAAAUCUGACAAUUACACAAAUAGUGAGUUGCAAAUUGAAAAUGGUGCUACUAGAGUUAACGAACAUAUGAAUCAACCAAGUGUAUCUCUUAGAAAUGAUUUGGAUGAUACUGAAGAUAUUUAUGUGUAAUAUUUAUUCACUUAGUCAUUCUUUUUUAAAUGAGACCACUUAAGGGAAAAAACCUAAUUGGUCUUUAUUAUUAAUUAAAAGGAUGUUCCAUGGAUAUAACCAACUGUAAAAAACAUUCUGAAUAUUAGAUAAAAUGAUGCUCUGUGGAUAUAAAAGGGAAGAGACUAAAGUGCUCUUUUUGUAAAACAAAAAACAUGCUCCAUGGAUUACACCAAAGGAAACUUCAAAAAGUUGUCAUAUUAUUAAAUAAAAGCAGUUGUUCCGUAGACAAAACUGAGAUAACCAAUAAAGUGGUCUUCUUAUUAAAUAAAAAUAUGUUCCACAGGUAUAACCAAGGGAAAAAACUAUGUUGUCUUCUUAUUGAUAAAAGCAUGUUCCAUGCAUAUAACAAAGGUAAACAACUAAAGUGGUCUUAUUAUAAAAUAAAAGUAUGUUCUGCACAUAUAACCGAGGGAAAAGACUAUGCUGUUUUCUUGUUAAAUAAAAGCAUGUUCCAUGCAUAUAACCAAGGGGAACAAC